CAUCCUCUCGCGUUUCUCCUUCAUCGUUUCGAGCUUUCUCUCAUCUGGUUCUUAAUCAAGAGGUUCGAUUUAAGUGAAGAUCGAAAAUGUCCGGACGUGGAAAGGGAGGAAAGGGGCUGGGAAAGGGAGGAGCCAAGCGUCACAGGAAGGUUCUCCGCGAUAACAUUCAAGGCAUCACAAAGCCGGCGAUCCGCAGGCUCGCUCGCAGGGGAGGAGUGAAGCGCAUUUCCGGUCUGAUUUACGAAGAGACGCGUGGAGUUCUGAAGAUCUUUCUGGAGAAUGUGAUCAGAGAUGCGGUCACAUACACGGAGCACGCUCGCCGGAAGACUGUCACCGCCAUGGAUGUGGUCUAUGCUUUGAAGAGGCAGGGAAGGACUCUGUAUGGUUUUGGCGGUUAGACAUGGUGUUCUUCUGAUGUUCUCGCAAGGAAUUUAUCAGUAUUGUCUUCCUUUCUUCUUCUUAAUCUUCUUCAAUUGGCUCUGUAAUUACAGUUGAUGGGAAAUUGGGGAAGUAGGGUGUUGUGGGCUGUCUAGUUAUAGUUCAGUUUAGCUCUUCAUUGUAGAAGCUUUCGUUUGAAAUGGGAUUAAUCACAGCUGAAGUCUUAAUUCAUUCGGUCCCAAAUCUAAAGUUUUGUGCUCCAUUUAUCUUCUUUGAUUUUGAAGCUUGGGUAGUGUUUGACAAAGAUGUGCAUUGAAAACUUCAACAAAAUACAGUAAUUCAUUAAUCUUUCAUCUCAAAAUGGUUAUGCCUAGUCUGUUGCAAUUGGAGAUUUGACGGUGUAAAAUGUGAAUUUGAUCUGUAUAUUGCUCAAGAAAUUAAAUAUGCGGCAUUUUG